AUGGGCCCGCAAAUCAAGGAGUUGCAGAAAGAUGCAAAUUUUGAAGCAUGUUUAACUGCCAAAGAAAAGAGAGCAUGGGUGUGUUUCAAGAUGGUAUCAGAAAACUUCCUCGAAAGAAGAGCUACCAACUACAAAGCAAUGGUGAAUGACAUGAUCAAAGCACACCAAUAUCUGGGAUGCAAUAUGUCUCUGAAGGAAACUCUUAGGUUAUAUCCAUCAGUUCCAGUCAUCGCAAGACAAAGUAAAGAAGACUUAAAAUUAAAUGAUACAAUGACGAUACCAGCAAAUUCCUUUAUUUUUAUUGAAAUUUAUUCGCUACAUCACGAUCCCGAAUAUUAUCCAAAUCCUGAAGUAUUCGAUCCCGAUCGGUUCCUGCCAGAAAACUGUAAAGGAAGACAUCCUUUCGCCUUCAUCCCCUUUUCGGCAGGGCCAAGAAAUUGCAUAGGUCAAAAAUUUGCAUUGAUGGAAGAGAAGAUUAUUAUAAGCAAUAUUUUACGUCAUUUCAUUGUCAAAUCUGUUGAUUAUCCUGAUAANGCCAAGAAAUUGCAUAG